AUGGAGAAAAAAUCAUCCUGUCCUAGAAAACUCGAUCUGAAUGCGCCUUUUCUCUCCACGCGACGUAUAGAAUUGCCUCGAUUGAGCUCAAGACGGCCCUCGUGGGAUACAUGCAACAGGGUGCCUUUUUCUUGGGAGCAAACUCCUGGCAAGCCAAAGGGUGGCCUUAAGACUUAUGAUGAGGAACAUUGCGAUGUGCUUCCGCCUAAGCUCCCGCCCUGCAGAUGGCAUCCUGCACCAGAACUAGCACUCACUCGAGACGAUAGCCAUGAGAGUGACACGAAAAAUGAUCAGGAACGUAGGUGUGAUCAAGGGGAUUUCUCGGAUGCAAUUGACAUUUUUUCUCUGUCAGAGUCAGUGGACUUUUUUGACAGAGAUGUAGAUGAUUUCGAUACCAGGGAGUCCAGUUCUACUCAGUCUCCGAGUUUCAUCAUUCAGAGAUAUCUUUCGGAUGCUAAGGCAUUGGCUGCUGCAUCAUCUGCUGUUAUUCCAGGUUCUACGAGCAAUAAUAAUUAUCAUAGUUCACGCACUGUCAGGCAAUCUUACUCGUCGCCUAAGAGCUGCGGUUUGGACAUAUUCUUCCCCUGGCGAAUGAAGCAUAAAUUGUGCGGUGUCAAGACCCCGGUGAACCCGACAAGAAGAAAACACAGCUGUUCAUUACCUCAAACUCAAUUCAAUUCUUGCCGCUAUUGA